CGUCCUUCUCGACCUCUCUUCCUCCAGUACCGACCUGCGCGGGAAGCACAUAUGCAACUUCUCGACCUCAACGUCGAUGUUCUGCUGUACAUUGCUAGCUUUCAAGUGCGCAGAGAGGUCUCUUACCUCGCCAGGACAUGCCGUUUCCUCCAUGAUACUCUCGCUCCCGCAAUCCUCAAAGGCAUCGUCACCCUAACUUACCUACGCCUCGCUUCCUUCUCCCAGUUCAUGCACCUAGACAGCACGGGCCGUCGCUUUGGCAGGGAUCUCUUCCCCUUCUUGCGCAUCUUGCGGCUCAGCUUGCUACCAGACUACCGCUGCCCGAUGUCCCUCAGCGAUUUGGUGUCAGCCGUCACAGACCUUCUGAAACAUUGUCGACACUUAGUGUCUCUGGAACUUUACUACGCUUCGAUAACAUUCACCCCCGCGCAGCUGCAGCUAGCUCUAUCUACCCCGUUGCCAGACUUGCGAACUAUCACUCUGCAAAGCAUCACAAUCGACUACCGGGAUGUCCUUGCCGGUGUCGCCUCUCCCCUCCGCACCGUCAACUUAACGAUGUCGAGACGUACAGGAGAAGACACCAGCGACAGCUUUGCAGACCCCGAUCCCCUACCCUUUCUGCAGUACCAUCGUUCGACGCUUACCACCCUCACGCUCACUCCCGUAUCCCUCGGGGAUUUCGGAGCGCCCUUUCCGAGCGUGCGCAGGCUCACCAUUUUCGGGUUUUCCCUGACCAACGACGAGACAGGCUGGGUGGGACCGCUCGUGUGGCUCUUUCCCGGCGUCGAGCACGUCGAGCUAUGGUCGCUCUACGCCCGCGACGGCUCCUCACCUACAUAUGGUCUCGACCCCCGGGACGAGACCGCGCUCCGUAUCGCGGGCACUUGGCGUACGCGGGCGAAAUUGUGGCAGGCCCAGCACGGGACGUGGGCGAACGGCCUGCGCUUCCUCCGCGUGCACUCGAUGAUGGACCUCUACUGCCUCGGUCUAUCUUGUCGCAUAGAACGACUAGACGUCCGCAACCUUUCCCCCUCCGGUACGAUCACGACUGGCGCGCUCGCCGACCCUCGUCCGUGCCGUCUGUGGUUCCAGAUAUUGUCUGAGAGCGAUAUGGACGGAGCCGUACCCAUGCUUUUCCGCACCGUCGCGCGGACGUCGUCCCUGACGCACCUGAUGAUCGAUCUCGGGGACGACCUUCUGCAGUAUUCAGACCCGGGAAAGCUUCUCGUGCAAAUAGCAGGCCUUCUGCGCAACACCAUCGUCUCACACCUCGCCUUGUAUAUCGCCACAGACCGAUUCUCUCAGCGGGAGCAGCUAUUCGGCGCGGUGGGCCCCGUUCCUUCGAGCGGUGCCCCCGAGGCCUUGCAGAUCUGCGCGCAGGACAACAGCGCGCUGCGGCGGAUGUUCGUGGGCUAUGACUUCGAGUCUAACGAUGUUAGGGCUUGGGAGGCGCACCGCACGACGGGGGAGCCGAUCGCAAGCUGGACGGAGGUGGGACAGUCGCGUGUCCGAGAGCUCAUGUCUUCCGAAGGUUUGACGCGGUAUAACCAUUGA